AAGCAAGGCGAGACAAAGAUGGCGGCCAUGGUGGGGUUAGCAGCGUGAUGGGCAGGAGGAGGAGAAUACAACCUUAACGUUAUAUACUCUAGAUUAAAAAAAAAGAAACUACAUUGAAAAUGUCGCAGUAGAAAUUGAUUUGUUUUUGAGUCAAAGACCACAUUUCAGCUCAUCCCUGGAGAAGAGGAAGUUUAUUUUCUUUUUUAAUUGUAAAAAAAGAAAAGAAACUCGCCGGGAGCAUGGCUUCACACAGCAGCCAGUACAUCUUUGGGGAGUUCAGCCCUGAUGAGUUCAAUCAGUUCUUUGUGACCCCUCGCUGUUAUGUUGAGCUUCCCCCGUUCAAUGACAAAGUUCCACGUGUCAGUCAAUCCUCAGGACGUUACUGUACUCCUGCUGUGCCUUUCCUUACGGAAACGAUGAAACUGCAGGUUUGCGGUGAGGACUAUCAGCGCAUUGAGUUUGGUGUGGAUGAGGUUAUCGAACCGGAGCCUGUGGGGGUGAAAGAUUCCAUGUACAAAGUUUCCAGCACUCUGAACCCCCAGGCUCCCGAGUUCAUCCUGGGCUGUCAGCCCUCACAGAAGGUCUUGGACAGCUUGCAGGCCAGCGGCAGCCGCGAGUUCGACUCCGUCGACUGCCAGGAUUCGGAGCUCCCGGCCUUGGAUGGCAGCGGGGCAUGCCAGGACAUGGACGGGGCCCCCGGCAGCCUUGGCCCCAGGGAAAGGAAAAAGAAGAAAAAACGGCCGCCUGGGUACUACAACUACCUGGAGGGCUCCAGCAGCAGCAGCAGCAGCAACGGAGGCAACAGCAACAGCGGCGGCGGAGCUCAGGCCCACUCUGACGCGCAGCUGGUGGUGGGGCUGGUGAACGGACAUGCUGUGGGAACCGCAAGCCUUGGGUCGGAGGAGAUUGGCGGGGAACCAGCGGCGGCGGCGGCCGUGUCGGGGGCUGAGCUUCCCAGGGGCAGCCCUGCCAGCGGCGGCGCCCCUGCCGUGGCCGCUACUGGUUCCAUCGCAACAGUUUCGGUAACCAACAAUCAGAGGACUUGUGAAAGCCCUGAUGAAUCCUCUUCGGACUUCACUAGCGGAGCUGCGUCAUUAUCAGACAGUAACAAUGCGGUUUCCUCUUCCUCUUCCUCGCAUAGCAGUGGGGUGGCGGAGGGAGGCAGGACUGCUGAGCAGCCGCCUGAGCCCUCCUCUCUGGAGAACCCUGAACUGCUAGCCAGCAGGAGGGACAGCCCCAGUCCCACCUCUCUGCUCCUCUCUUCAGCCAGAGCAUCCUGCAUUGUUGCGACUACUGCUGCUGCUUGCCUCAACGCUGCCAGCGCCUCUGCCACUACUGACGCCGCCCACGCCGCCGCCGCCGCUACUACUGAUGAGGAGGAGGGCGGGCACAGCGGGGCUCCCAAUGGGCUGCCGGCGCCCGAGUCUCAGGACAGCGGGGAGGCGCCGGAGGACUCGGCCGAGCCGCGGCAGCACCAAGCGGGGGCCCCGGCCGAGGCCAAGCCCGCAGGGGAGCGGGCCCAGUCCCCCCCUCUGCUGGCCGCGCCCGCGGCAGCUCCCCCCAGCGGUGCAGCCAACCCUCCCAAGUCCUGGGCUAGCCUCUUUCACAACUCGAAGCCCUCGCCCGGCGGGCCGGCGGCUUACGUGGAAGUAAAAAGCGCGCCGGCCGCGGUCGUCGCUACCCAGGCUACAGCUCAGGCGGCUGAGAAGCCAGGAGAGGUGAUGGAAGGCCCCGUCCACGUGUCUGAGGAUCCCAUGGCCCCAAAGAUUGCAGAAAUGAUAGAGAAUGUCAAGUUGAUACACAAACCAGUGUCUUUGCAACCCAGAGGACUGAUCAACAAGGGGAAUUGGUGCUAUAUCAACGCUACACUGCAAGCUCUUAUUGCUUGCCCACCAAUGUAUCACCUGAUGAAGUCCAUUCCCAUGUUCAGUGAGACACAGCGGCCAUGCAGCUCCACUCCCAUGAUUGACAACUUUGUCCAUCUUGUGAAUGAGUUCAGUAAUAUGCCUGUCCCUUCUAAGGCAAAGCAACAAGCAGCUGGAGACAAAAUAAUGAAAGACAUUCGACCAGGAGCUCCUUUUGAACCCACUUAUAUCUACAGACUACUCACAGUCAUAAAGUCUAGUCUCUCAGAGAAGGGUCGUCAGGAGGAUGCGGAGGAGUACCUGGGCUUUAUCUUGAAUGGACUACAUGAGGAAAUGCUGGCCCUGAAAAAGCUAAUUGCACCACAAGAGGAAAAAGUUUCCACAAUAAAUGGCCCAGAGCCCCAGCUAGGAGCUGAAGAGGAAAACACAGAGAAGGAGGAAAAUGGCAGCGAAGACGAAUGGGAACAAGUUGGACCCCGAAACAAGAGCUCAGUGACACGCCAUGCAGACUUCAUUCGCACUCCCAUAACUGACAUAUUCGGAGGACACAUCAGGUCGGUGGUCUACCAGCAGAGCUCGAAGGAGUCGGCGACGCUGCAGCCUUUCUUUUCUCUACAGCUGGACAUCCAGUCUGAAAAGAUCCGCACUGUGCAGGAGGCCCUGGAGACCUUGGUGGCACGCGAAUCCGUUCAGGGAUACACCACUAAAACCAAGCAGGAGGUGGGGAUCAGGAUCUCUUUCCCCCUCGCUCCAGCAGGGAUUGAGAUCAGCCGGAGAGUGACUUUGGAAGAACUUCCACCUGUGUUGGUCCUGCAUCUCAAAAGAUUUGUUUAUGAGAAAACGGGAGGGUGCCAGAAGCUGGUGAAGAACAUUGAGUACCCCGUAGACCUGGAAAUCAGUAAAGACCUCCUUUCACCAGGGGUACGCGGCAAAAUUUUCAAAGGCCAAAGAACAUACAGGCUCUUUGCAGUUGUUUAUCACCAUGGGAACAGUGCUACCGGCGGCCACUACACCACGGACGUCUUCCAUAUUGGUCUUAAUGGCUGGCUGCGCAUUGAUGACCAGGCAGUGAAAGUGAUCAACCAGUUCUUCGUGACGAAGCCGACUGCGGAGCGCACGGCCUACCUGCUGUACUACCGCCGCGUUGACCUGCUGUAGAGAUCACACGCCAGCUUCUCAAGAACACUGCCCGACUUCUCUUGCUCCCCCCUGCCCUUCCUUUGCUUUUCCCCGAGAGCCGGCUUUUCCAACGUCUCCUUUAUUUUUCUUUUUUUUGGGGGGGAAAAAAAAACAGGCUGAAAUACAUUGCAGAGACGGCUUAGUUUUGUCUGUUCAGCGGUGGGUUUUAAAUGCGGGAAGAACAGAAACCAUCGGAUAGGGGAUUGAUGGACGCCAAGGACGUGAGAUCUAUCCUUUUAUCCCUAGCCUCAUGAACUCUGGGAACAUCGUGUUCACAAGAAAUGUCAACAUUAACAGUUGAGGCUACAGUUGUGGGACUGGUGAAAGUUUUAUUUUUUUAUUUUUUAAGCAGAAAGGCAAAUUUUGCCUUUUAGCAAGGGGAGUUGACAGUUAAAUCAGUUUUGCAGCCUCCGCCUGUUCAGUUUGCCUAGUGCAAAAGAACCUUGCACCAGCAACAACAUUGUAUAGAUCUUAACGUAUGAAUAUCUGAGAGCUUUGUUUCCUAACUCCAGAGAAGUUGCUUCUUUUUGUCACCAUCACUUUCUCCUUUCCUCACCUUCUCCUCUUUAAGCUUUUUAAUCUAGGUAACAUUUGAGCCAUUGAUAGAGGAGACAGACGUUACCAUGUGCUGAAAAAAUGCUUCUUUGUUUGAGGGAACCCUGCUGUGCGGUUUCUGGGUAUAGAGUUAGAAUAAGAAUCUAAACAUUAAAAAUGCGCUUUAGGGUUAAAGGCUUAUGUGCACGUAAAUAAAGAUAAAUGUGGAUGUGCCGAAGCACAUUAUUUUGCAGUUAACAAUGUUAAAACAGUUAAAAGCUGGGUGAUGGUCACUUUAUCCCACUCCCUGGGGAGCUCUGAUAAUACUGUGUACACAAGCUGGAGAAAAACCAAUGAAGAUUGAAAUAUUCCAUUACAUUGUCUGGCUUUGUUGACUUUUUUUUCUCCCUCCUCCUCCUCUUUAUCCCUCAACAUUCUAAAGAUUUACCUGCACACACAGGUCCCCGGUAUUGACCUCUGUGUGCAGGUAAAUUUCCAGACUUCUCACCCAACUCAUGAAAAGGUCAUAGAAAGGAUGUAAAGGUUUUCUGUUUGGUGUGGAGGUGUACACCUGGUGAAGGCUGACUUACCAUUCAAUUGGGGAUCUGCAGGGUGAGGAAGAAGUCACUGUCGGCCACACCAGUACGCUUGACGUUUGAUUGGCAUCAAUAACAUGAGGCGUGCUUCUGGCUGAGACAGAGACAGUUGGACUUUGGGAACACGUAUGCAGCAGUGCAAUGUCGACUGCAUGGCUGUGCUCUUAAAACUUUCCAUGGUGUCAAAAGAGCUCUGAAAAUCUGUUUCCUUGUGUUCCUGAGACCUUCCUUAUUCAUUGAUUGUGUUGAUUUGAAUUUAAGUCGAUUUUAAAUGGUUCAUGAUGUCCAGUGAGUUUUGCCCAAUUGUAUAAGUUUGUGUUUACCAAUAUUUUUUCACCUUUUACUUCAGAUUUGGUAUAAUUUAGAUUUUACCCAAGGUAAGCACAACAAUGAAUAAAAUUGUACAAGUAUAUUGAUGUUGAUCAUAUUUAAUCUUUUCAACACCUCACACCUUUCUUAAUACCAAAAUAGUGUUUACAUGCUUUUGUUUUCUGCCAUAAUUGUGCUUGGGCUAAGUCUAUGCUGGAUUGUUGUAACAAAUCACAAUUUAACUGAUCAACUUAAAAUAUUCGGAAUACAUGUCAGUAUGUCCCUUUGCUGAUUAUAUAUUCUUAAAUACGGUAAUGUUGCUUUGUGGUCAAUAUUGUUAAGUAUUUCAGGGUGUUCAUGCAUGUCACUAGCAAUCAACAAUGACGUUGGUCACAAGAUCACCUACUGGGCAAAUAAAGCGAGGCACAUGAA